AUGUCUCACAUGUCUCACGAGAUGCAGCUUGAUCCACGAACCUACGACUGCUGGUUCUGUGAUUUAUCCUGGACUGAGUUCUCUGCCCUUCUUAGGCACCUCGAACACGGCCGCUGUGUGAAAAGAGACCGUAUUCGCACUCUCGCCUUCGAAUGUCCUGAAUAUGGCUCCUACGGCAACCGCCUCAAGGACCGAUACCCAUUCUUCUGUUUCUCGUGCCAGGCUCAAUUUUCUCAGAUCUCGGAUCUCUUUCACCACGCGGAACACACUCCUUCUUGUUCUUAUCUGCUGGAUCGGAUGGAGUGCUUGGGUGCCCUGCGCGAGUUCUACAUCGAGUACUACGAUUGCCCUGGAUACGAUGGGUUGGGUCAUUGA